AUGGCAACUGUUCUUCAUCUCCGUGCUGAGAUGACUCCAACUACUGCUAAAGCUCUCGUUGACGCCGGAUACGAUGUCAGAGUCGAGCGUUCGCCACAGAGUAUCUUUGACGACAAGGAAUUUGAGGAUGCUGGCAUCCCUCUCGUCGAGACCGGUUCAUGGGUCAACGCCCCCAAGGACCAUCUAAUCGUCGGUCUCAAAGAACUUCCCGAAGAAAAUUUCCCCUUGAUCCACGAACACAUCCAAUUCGCACACGUCUUCAAGCAACAAACAGGGUACCGUGAGACCCUAGGUCGCUACCAAAACUGUCUUUACGAUCUCGAAUUCCUUAACGACGAUAACGGCCGUCGUGUCGCCGCCUUUGGAUACUACGCUGGCUUCGCCGGUGCAGCUUUGGCACUCGAGAUCUGGGCUUGGAAUGUUACACAUCCUGAUGGUCCUGGGUAUCCACCUGUUAAGCCGUAUCCUAAUGAGGCUGCUUUGAUCAGUCAUGUUAAGGAGAGUAUUGAGAAGGCGAAGGCGGUUAAUGGGGGUGCUGAGCCGAGGGUUAUUGUCAUCGGGGCUUUGGGAAGAUGUGGAAGCGGUAGUGUGGAUUUGUGUACUAAGGUUGGGUUGGGAGAAGAGAGUAUUUUGAAGUGGGAUAUGGCGGAGACUAAGCCUGGUGGACCGUUCAAGGAGAUUACACAGUCUGAUAUUUUCAUCAACUGCAUCUACCUUAUGGGCAAGAUCCCACCGUUUGUGACCAAGGAAGCGAUCAAUACAGAUGAGAACCGCAAGUUGAGACUCAUCUGCGAUGUUGCCUGCGAUCCAAAUAGUCCGUUCAACCCGGUUCCCGUUUACGAAAUUUGGACGACAUUUGAUGCGCCAACUGUCAACGUUACUGGCAUUGAAUCUGGUCCACCAGUCUCCGUCAUCUCGAUCGAUCAUUUGCCAACUUUACUACCCAGAGAAUCCUCGGAAUCAUUCUCGGCGCAGUUGUUGCCGAGUUUGUUGCAGUUGAAGGAUAGAGAGACUUCUAGAGUCUGGGCUGAUGCUAAGAAGCUGUUUGAUCAGAAGAAGGCUGAACUAGAUCAGUAG